CUCUGCAUAUAAAGAAUUUGUUACAGUCUUCUUUAUAUCGAGCUAGUAUUCACACCAAGUAGAAUCAGUUUCUUCAUACAAGGGUUGUGGAUUGCAGCUUUUUUUUACCUGCAAUAGUCGUAACUAUUUGGAGCUCUUUUAUGGAAGUACAAAAUCAUCCCACACAUAUUAAAAUUAAUUAAUAUUACAAGAGUAAAAUAUAUAUCCAAGUUGCAGCAGUCUUCAAUUUAAUUGACAAUUUAACAUCGUAACGAGAUGCAAUCUAAAAUAUUAAGUGAAACAUGUCAAAUAGUAAUUCGAAAAUUCUUAGGAAUUGUUUGUUUUUUAUUGCUUGCUCCGUUUCUUAUCACCAUUUUGAUGUUUUUAUAUAUCUACCGUUGUUGGGUAGAAACUGUGCUAAGAAUUCAACUUAAAGAUAAAUUUGCCGGUCUGUUGGAAGGCUCGGAUGCUGUUUGGUGCGUCGAAAAUACAUCUGUACCCUUGAUUACUGCCGUACUAAUAGUGAAGAAAACCGCAGGAACUACAAAUACGACCUUCCUGAAAAAUAUGAGAAAAUUCUUUAAUCACGUAUUUAAGACUGCCCCCAAGAGUAUCGAAAAACUGUUUAACUAUAAAUAUCAAAAGUUUGGUUACUUUUAUUGGGAAAAAUCAAAAGAAUUUAAUCCAGAAACCGCGAUUAGAUGGUUGGAGUGUGAAAUCAGUAAUUGCGAUGGAUCUUGCGAGAAUGUUCACAGUACAACUUUUCAAGAAAAUCUAGGUUUUAUAUGCAACAGACCGUUGUAUGAUGAUCACAAACCGAUGUGGGAAAUGCUCAUUGGAAGACGUUGUUCCAAACCUUCAUCUUAUAUGGAAGAAGAUCCGAGCUUGUCUUCCGAAGACCGCUUCAAUACCGACGUAGACGAAAUUCCUGUAGUAUUUCGCAUUCAUCAUUCUCUUGGUGAUGCUAAAGGUUUAUUCAAGUUGCUUAAUAUGAUUGUCGACGAGAAUAUCACAAAUGAACUGUCGACAAUAUUGGAAGAACCCAAGGACAGCGCCUUGACAGCUAAAGAAAACUAUUUUAAGGAGAAAGAAACUUUUCUAAAAAAAAAAUUUAUUUUAAACUUGAAAGAAGUAUAUAACACAAUUAAAGAAAUCAUAAGAAAAGUAAUACUUAUAUUGUUUUCUCUAGAAAUCUGUGUCUCUCAAAUUAUUCGUAGUAUGGAUGGCAAAAGCUUUCUUCAUGGUCGGCCUUUAACAGGUGAGAAACUUAUAUUUUAUCGUUUGGAAAACGAUACCGAUAAAUCGCAGCUUCUAAUAAAAAUUAAAAAAAUAAGACAGUGUACAGGAGCAAAAGUUAAUGACAUAAUAUUAACAGCUUUUGCUGCUGGGAUGAUUAAAUAUUAUUUACGCGUAAGUAUAAUCAAUACUAAUUGUCUAAAAUGAAGUCUUUAUAUGUAAAAGAUUUCUUUACCCUGACGAAAAUAAGAAGCUUUACAGAGCGUUAAUAACCGUUUAAUGAGAAUUUUCUGAGAGUUUAUACGCUUUAUAACUUUAUAAGAAUGCUUAUAUAACGCCAAAAGAUUUGAACUCUUUUGGAACGCUUAUCAAACGCUAUAUAUAAUGUUUUCUAAACAUUCUGCAAUGAUAAGGUAACGCUUUUCACAAAACGCUCAGUAAAUACUGAUAAAUUUUCGUACAAAGAGUUUGCUGACAGACUUUUAAAACGGUUAGCAAAUGCUUUUAUGAGUAAGUAAUAAAAAAUAUUAAAAACUA